UUAGAUAUAGGCUACAGGGCCUGGCCACUGCAUUAGAGCACACAGGACAAACCAGCCACAUGCUUUUUACUUUCAGGCAGUCAAAGGGAUCACAAAAUUAGUUUCCGUUUUAAUACUACGCAAGAAUAACAAUGAACAAGAUUACAAUUGUGAGACCAGAGGAGAGCCAGCCAGCACGUGCGAUUUGGUAUGACAGAAAGAAAUACGUCACCGUCAAAUUCAUUGUUCAUAAACCUAAAGAUGUCCAGGUGGAUAUCCAGCCAGACAAAAUGAUUUUAUACUGCAAAAACGACACAGAUGAUGUCUUCUACAACGUGCUGCCCUUCUAUGAAAACAUUCAAAUUAAUGACUCCAGAGAAAGAGUCUAUGACCGCAGCAUCCAUAUCUUGCUCAGGAAGCUUAAGCCUGAUUAUUCAUGGCCUCAUCUCCAGAAGGAUGAGGCUAGGCCCAGCUGGAUUUCCGUGGACUUUGAUAACUGGAGGGACUGGGAGAAUGAAGUAGAAGAUGGAAAGGAAGAGUUCGAUAUGUACGCGGAUAUGAUCAAAGAAAUGUCUUCCAAGAACAAAGGAGAAGCACCAGAUAUGGACGAUCUUGAUUCUGACUGAGUAAACGUCACCUGUGUUGAAGGCCACGGUAACUUGAUAGGACACUGAAGACAGUGCUAUUUGCUGAAGUUUGUGGAUGAUUUGAUAUACUCAUCCAAAAAUACUGUUUUUAUGUAAUUGAUGUUUUCUAUGGGAUUAUUUAAUGGUAUUUUAUUGUCCACUGUUUCCUGACAUAUUGGUAAUUUGAAUAAAAACAAGUGAAUCAAC